AUGGAUAUUUUGCGGGAUUUUUCUAGAAGAUAUGGAAAUAUGUUUAGAGAUUAUAGGUUUGUGGAUGGGAUGGAUGAAGGAGUGACCUUAGUUUCAAAAGAUGGAAUUUUUGAGCUUGGUUUCUUUAGUCCUGGUAGUUCCGGGACGCGUUACUUGGGCAUUUGGUGCAAAAAAAUUCCAGUUAGAACUGUCGUUUGGGUGGCAAAUCGGAGCAAUCCAAUCAAUGAUUCUACUUGUUUGCUGAUGAUAGACAGUACAAGUAAAAAUCUUGUGCUAGACAGUACAAGUAAAAAUCUUGUGCUUAUUAAUAGCAACAACGGCGUUGUUUGGUCAUCGUCAAACUCAACGAAGGAAGCCCAAAAUCCAGUAGUACAGCUCCUGGAUUCCGGGAAUCUUGUCUUAAGAGAUGGAAAUAAUGGAAAUUCUGGAAUAUAUUUAUGGCAGAGCUUUGAUUAUCCAACUGAUACAUUACUAGCAGGAAUGAAAAUUGGAGAGAUUGGAGAGAAAUUGAAGCCCCAACAUAGUAUGCGUCUUGUAUCAUGGAAAAACUGGGAUGAUCCGUCGCCUGGGGACUUUGUUUGGGACUUAGGAGUAGUACAUGAUAUUGUUGAAUCAGCUAUCAAGAAAGGCUCCAGUAUCUUGUUUCGAUCAGGGCCAUGGAAUGGCGUUACAUUUAGUGGUCUACCACAAUUUACGCCUAGCCAGGUUUAUGAUCCAAAGUUUGCGCGUAAUGAAGAAGAAGUUUACUAUUUAUUCUACCAAAGGGAUACAGUCUUGUUGGAUAUCAGCGCAGUGAACUCCAAGAUUGAUUAA